AGUAAGGCAGCAGUGGCGCGUAAGAAAGUAGUUCCUACAUAAUACUAUUAUAACUGCUUAAUGCACCACUAAAUCAAAUCAAUACUAAAAAUUAAUUUUGCUUUGUUAAAUAUACGUUAAAUAUAAUAUGGUAAAUAGAAAUUUGUUCAAUAAUGCGUUCUUGAGCACGCGCACUAACACGCGAAAGUUUUGAAAUGUGCCAGAUGUGCCAGGUGGUGUGCUUGUGCGGUGUGCGACGAGAACCGAGAACAAGAUCGCGCGAGGCUUAGCAGCAGCAAGGCCAGAACCGACGCAACCGUUGGCGAAGGUUUCACAUGAAUCCUUUGACCAACGUGAAGAACAUCACCAAACUCAACGAGACCGAGUUAAAGCUUGGCAUCAACGAGAAAACAUCUUGGCAUAAGAAGUACAAGGACAGCGCCUGGAUCUUUGUCGGGGGGCUGGACUACGAGCUCACCGAGGGCGACAUCAUCUGCGUCUUCUCCCAGUUCGGAGAGAUCGUUAACAUCAAUUUGAUCCGGGACAAAAAGACCGGGAAGUCCAAGGGCUACUGCUUCCUGUGCUUCGAGGACCAGCGAAGCACGGUCCUCUCUGUUGACAAUUUGAACGGAAUUUCGCUGUGCCAGCGCACCCUACGGGUCGACCACGUGGAGAACUACAGGCCGCCGAAGGACUCGGACGACCUGGACGCUCUGAUGGCCAGGCUGCACCGGGACGGCUGCGCUCCCGAGGUUCGCCGGGCAGAGGAGUCCGCCGGGGAAGAAGAGGAGGGGCGCCGGUCGGGCCCCGAGCAGGCCGACGACCCCGAGUACGCCAGGCGCCUCAAGAAGGAGAAGAAGAAGCUGAAGAAGGAGCGUAAGAAGAAGAAGAAGCUCAAGAAAGAGAAGCGUAAGCUGAAAAGAAUGGCCAAGACAACGGCGACCACCGCGCCGGCCGUACCUUCCUCGGAGUCCCAGUCGUCGGCAGAGUCCGGCAGCGCCACGGACGGCGGCACCCCGGCCAGGCCCCAGUCGCCCAACGGGACGCCGGCCGCAGCCCCGGCCAACGGCCUGGCCCGGCCCCCGAUCACAGGCAUCCAGAGCCGCCUGGUCAAGCUGGCCAUGUCUGGCUUUCCCCUGAGCCCCCCGAGGCCUCGCUCCCAGAGCCCCAAGAGGCGUACCCCUCCGGCCGGAUACCGCUCGCCGUCUUUCCAGAGGAGGACUCCAUCCCCACGCGCAGCCCGCCAGGACUCCCGUAGCCCGAGGCGUUCAUCGGCGUCUCCCUCGAGACGCUCUGGCAGCCCCAGGCGCUCGCCGAGCCCUCGCAAGCGCUCCCCAAGCCCUCGCAGACAGUCGCCGAGCCCGCGCCGACGUUCCCCGACUCCCCGCCGACGAUCUUCGAGUCCGCGCAGACACUCCAUCAGUCCACGGCGACGCACCCCGAGUCCUCCGCGGCGGCGUACUCCGAGUCCUCCGCGGCGACGAUCCCCGAGCUCUCCGCGGAGGCGGUCUCCGAGCCCGCGCCGACGUUCCCCGAGUCCGCGACGACGAUCUCCAAGCCCGCGCCGGCGUUCUCCCAGUCCUCCGCGGAGACGUUCGCCGAGCCCUAUCCGUAGGCGGUCACCCAGUCCCAUACGCCGGCGAUCGCCCAGUCCCAUCCGCCGGCGAUCGCCCAGUCCGAUCCGCCGACGGUCGCCGAGUCCGGUGCGGAGGCGUUCGCGCAGCCCCCGAAGACGUUCGCGAAGUCCCCGCAGAAGCCCUCGCAGAAGCCCCCGCCGAAGAAGCCCCGUUCGCAAGCGCUCGAGGAGUCCGCGGAGGAGGUCGAGGAGCCCCGUGGCCUCGCGGAGACGCUCGAGGAGUCCGCGGAGGAGGAGCAGAAGUCCGCGGAGACGCUCGCGGUCUCCGCGGAGGAGGAGCCCGCGGAGGUCGACGCGGAGCAGGAGUCGAUCGCCGCGCAAGAAGUCGCGCUCUUCGAGUCGGCACCGCAGCAGACGGUCUCGGAGCAGGGACCGCCAUCACCGCUGAGCUCGCUCCUUUCUUCCCGUUUUUCGAUCCCCAUAUUUGUGGUGUUUAUGUGCUGCACUCAAUAAAGUCAUUUGUCAUCCCAA